GCGUUGCAUUCUGGGUAGACUAUGGCCCCCAAAAUUUGAAGAGCGCAUGCGCGUGUUAGCUCUUUCCUUUUGCUUCGUUGCCCCGCUGAAAGCAGGAUGGGUCAUCAGCAGCUCUACUGGAGCCACCCGCGAAAAUUCGGCCAGGGCUCUCGCUCUUGCCGCGUGUGCUCGAACCGGCACGGUCUGAUCCGGAAAUACGGCCUCAACAUGUGCCGUCAGUGUUUCCGUCAGUACGCGAAGGACAUAGGCUUCAUCAAGUUGGACUAAAUGAUCUUCCUUGAAUGGAUUGUCCAAGAUAUAAACCCAGUGAAAGAAAUCAUGCUGGCUAUUUGUAUAUAAAAUAAAAUAAAAUAAAACCCUUCGAUUUUA